CUAAGAUUUCUUAAUUUCCAAACUUGCUCUUCAGUGCUGAACCUGUCAAUAAUCACACUUUUAUUUUAUUUCAACGAUAUAAUUAUUUGUAAUUUAAUAAUCAAAUAUUAUUGAUUUUCUUCAGUGUGAUCUACUAAUAGUGUUGUUUUUGUUGAAGAAUAUAAUAAUUAAAGAAAUUUGAAAAGACUAGUACGGGAUGCAAUAAAAUGUUAUCAUCCUCUAUAUCAUUUAGUGUCCGUGAUAUAUUAAACGAGAAUCAAAUUAGUGCAAUGGAUCCAUACAAUAGUCAUUCUCAAUCCUCUCAUACCUUUCAUGUUCAUCAGGAUUACUAUGGGUACAAUUCGGUGACAGAUAAUCAUUGGGAUAUUGAGAAAUAUAAAGAACAGAUCCAGUCAAAUCAGAUGAAUAGUCAGAAUUAUGCUGAUCUGAAUCAUGUGCAUCAUCUAGGACAUGUUGGGACUGGUUAUCAAGAAAAUUCUAUUGCAGAAGAUGGAAAUGUUGUGACAUCAAGUAAAACAGAACUAAGAAAGAAUCAAUCUGGAAAAAGAACAAAGAGGAAACCUCGUGUGCUAUUUUCUCAGGCCCAAGUAUACGAGUUGGAACAACGCUUCAAACAGCAACGCUACCUCAGUGCACCAGAACGUGAAGUCUUAGCCUCUACCCUGAAGUUAACAAGCACCCAAGUAAAGAUUUGGUUCCAAAAUCGACGAUACAAAAAUAAACGAGCACGAAUAGAGGAUGCAGAGAAGCAUCUACCAACACAAAAUAUGAAAAAUCAACCAGUGAAAAAAAUUCCAGUACCAGUCUUGAUCAAAGAUGGUAAACCCAAUUCACGCGAAUCUUGUGGGAUCAAUUACUGGAAUGGAUUCAGACCAGAGUUAAGUAAUCAAGGAAUACAAUCUGACUUUGGAGAUCUUCGAUUAAGUCCUGAGUAUCGCCCUAAUGAUGUGCGACAAGACUCUACAGCUGUUGGGAAUGAGUACAGAAAUACCUUAAGUUCUCACCAGGAUUCACACCGUGUUUUCAACUCAAUGGAUUACAGAACAAACAACAAUAAUAAUCAUCAUCACAACAACAACUUUACAUCUGGAAUGAGGACGAUCAAGACUGAAUACAAAGAUUCCAACGAUCUUUCAUCGUUUCCUGAUCUCAAGUCUGUUUCACCUGAUGACAAAUGCGGAAUUCUUAGCAACGACAGCCGUUCUAUGAUAGAUAUAUCCAAUAGUGAUUUUAGUUUUUCAAGUUACAAUAAUUCAUCUAAUUAUCCAAUGACUUAUAUUAAUUAUAUGGAUCAAGUACCAAUGGAUCAAAGCAUUCAAAGACUCUGGUAG